UCAUCAACUCAGCAAAACACUGCUGAAUCCCUCGACACUUCGCUCCCAGCCGUAGUUAAACCACAUCACGAACUGACACAGCCAUGGGAGAUACAAUGCGAGCUGUUGACGUCAAGGGUGGUACGGGCCCAGCCUCUGCCCUCUUCAUCAAUCCUUCUGUUCCCAAACCGAAACCUUCCGCUACGGAAUGCCUCGUUCGUGUCAAGGCGUUUGGCCUAAACAGAGCCGAUACGCUUCAACGACAAGGCAAUUAUCCGCCCCUGCCUGGUAUUACUAAUAUCCUAGGUUUGGAGGUCAGUGGUGUUGUAGAAGAAGUCGGCGCUGGGCAAGGAGAGGAUGCUCCAGUGUGGAACGCGGGAGACGAGGUGUUUGGCCUACUGUACGGCGGUGGAUAUGCGGAGUAUGUGGUCGUUGAUAAAAAGAUGCUGAUUAAAAAGCCAAAAGAUUGGAGUUGGGAAUACGCUGCGGGGUUGUGUGAAGUGUGGUUCACGGCCCUUCAAGCGCUCUAUCUCGUCGGUGGUUACGAUUCUCAGCGGACGCGCUCCAUCUUAUGGCACGCGGGCGCCUCCUCUGUUUCUAUCGCAGGCAUCCAGCUCUCCAGAAACGCUAACCAUAGCUUGGACAGCGCGACUACGGCUCAGAAUCUGCCAUCGGCACCAAAAGUGUUCGCUACAUCCCGGACGGAUGCCAAAUGCACUUUCUGCAUUGAAAAUCUACACUGCACCGGUGCAGUGAACACCAACAAUCCCAACUGGGUUGAAGAGAUCAAGAAACAAAACGACGGUAACGGUAUCGAUCUUGUGAUAGACUUUGUGGGAGCCUCGUAUUUUCAGUCAAAUCUUGACGUCUUGGGUCAAGAUGGUCGAGUCGUCAUACUCGGACUUAUGGGCGGUGUGAUUCUGCCAGACAAAGUUAACAUCGCCCCGCUCUUGAGGAAGAGGGCUAGGGUUGAAGGAAGCACCCUUCGAUCAAGAGAUUUGGAAUAUCAGGUUCGAUUGAGAGAUUUAUUUGUGGAAAAGGUCAUGCCAGGCCUCAUCGAUGGGACAUACAAACAUCAUACGGAGAAAGUGUUUGACUGGGCCGAUGUCGGGCUUGCGCAUCAGAUGAUGGAGCGGAAUGAAACAAAGGGAAAGCUGAUUUGUAUUAUUGGGUCGACCUGAUACAGCUGCCAGGUUGUCUUGAUUCGGCCGUCCGUACUCUACAUCCAAGGUACUGAAGUGCGUACAUGAAGGAGACGUGUAUAUGACCAUGUCAUCGCAUCGAAAUACUGAAUAUAUAUAUUUUUCCGGAACAUGCUAUGCUUUA